CAGGUCUAUCCACGAUUGUUUUCGGGAUUGUUACACCCUGAAACGAGAAAGGGCUUAUCAUCACUAUCAUCAUGGCGACUCAGACGACUACUACACAUACAUCGAUUCCAAAAUGGACACAAGUCACAGAGACGAAGCAUGAGUUGGACUGGGCUGAUCUGGUCACUCUUGACCUCAGCAAGUUCGACCAACCUGGUGGAAAACAAGACCUCGCCGCUCAACUUUUCGACGCCGUGAACAGAAUAGGAUUCUUCUACAUCACCAAUUUUGGCCUGAGCCAAGACGAGGUCGAUCGACAAUUCAGUCUGUGCAAGCAAGUCUUUGAACUCCCCAUGGACGAGAAACUCAAGUACCGGGCCGACCUCGAGAACGGCGGGUACAACGGCUACAAGCCUCUGGGGACCCGCGAGGUCAAGCCCGGCAUCCGCGACAACACGGAGAUCUACAACAUUCCCAAAUUCACCGCUGGGUACACGCGCGACCACCCUCCCGUCAUCACGCGACACUGGGCCGAGAUCGAAGGCUUCGCGAGACACAUCCAUUUCGAGAUCGUCCGCAAGCUGCUCGUCCUCUUCGCCAUCGUCCUCGAAUUGCCCGAGGAUUUCUUCCUCAAGAACCACCGGUACGACGAGAAGAGUGAUUGCCAUUUCCGGUACAUGAAGUAUCACCGUCGGACGCCCGAGCAGAAUGCCGAAUUGGACAACGUCUGGGUCAAAGGACAUACCGACUUUGGUAGUUUGACGUUAUUGUUUAGACAACCCGUCGCCGCGUUACAAGUGCGCACCCCCGAAGGCGAAUGGCGAUACGUCAAACCUUACCCCGAGAGCAUCACCGUCAACAUCGCCGACGCCCUCCAAUUCCUCACCAACGGGUUCUUGAAGAGCAGCAUCCACCGCGUCGUCGCACCGCCGCCGGAUCAAGCCGACAUCGACCGCCACGGCGUCCUGUAUUUUGUCAGACCCGAGGACGACACCGAGCUGGUCCCGAUCGAGAGUCCCGUGCUCCGACGACUGGGGUACGACAAGGCUCUCGACCGGGCGACCGUCGGUCUGACGGCGGGUGAGUGGGUGAGGGCGCGGGUGGCGAAGAACGUCAGUCGGCAGGGCAAAGACGACGAGUCCAUCAUCAAGGGCGUCAAGGCCAAGUAUUACGAUUGA